AUGGCUCUGAAUAAAGACGCGUCGUACGCUCAAGAGGUUGAUGUGGCUGGUGGUCAGUUCGAGAUGGAAAAGGCCGACCCAGAAGGCGCUCUUGCGACCAACGUCGUCUCUGCGAUCGACCACGUCGCGGAGAAGAAACUUCUGCGAAAACUGGACAUUCGUAUCAUGCCAUUGAUCAUGGGGUUGUAUCUCUUUUCUUUCUUGGAUCGAGUCAAUAUCGGAAACGCUCGAGUGUAUGGCAUGGAAGAGAGCCUGGGACUCACGGGCUCUCAGUUCCAAUUGUCGGUCAGCAUUUUCUUCGUCACUUAUGUUCUUUUCGAAAUCCCCUCCAAUAUGAUCAUCAAGAAGAUCACGCCUUCUAAAUGGCUGGCGUUUAUAACCUUUUCAUGGGGCAUCAUCUCGACCUUGACAGGAAUGACCCAAAAUCUCGGAGGUCUGAUCGCCUGUCGGAUCCUCAUGGGAAUCUUCGAAGCCGGAUUGUUCCCUGGUCUAUCGCUAUACCUCACAACAUUUUAUACACGACAGGAACUGGGUCUGCGAUACUCGUGGCUCUUCACCUGUAACGGCCUGGCAGGUGCUCUGGGAGGAUUGGUCGCAUACGCAAUUGGACACAUGGAAGGCGUGGGAGGACUUGAAGCCUGGAGAUGGAUCUUCAUUCUCGAGGGUCUUCCAACCAUUAUUCUAGGCGCAAUCACCUGGUUCGCACUAGCGGAUUUCCCUCAGACAGCACAUUACCUCUCACAAGAGGAGAGAGACUUGCUCAUGGCCCGGCGCGGUCGACAAGCCGGGUUCAGUGCGUCGUGGGACGAAAUGCAUAAGUCAGAUGUGAUGAAAGGUGUCAAGGACUGGAAAGUCUAUGUUAUGGCCUUUGGCCAGUUUUGCGGUGCUUCUAUGCUUUACGGAUACAGCACUUUCUUGCCCACCAUCAUCUUGGAUCUAGGAACCUGGAAUCGAGUCGUCACUAACGCCAUGACCAUUCCCUGCUAUGCUCUGGGUGUCAUCACUUAUAUCAUCAUCGGCUGGAUCUCCGACCGGCUUCAACUAAGAGGAUGUUUUCCAGCGGCUUGUGGCAUCAUCUCUGUGAUUGGUUAUGGUGUUCUCCUGGCUCCCGUGAGUGCUGCUGCGCAUUAUGCUGGCUGCUUGCUGGUGGGGAUGGGUUUGUAUGUCUUUGUUGGAAUGCCUUUAGCAUGGCUUCCGAUGAAUUGUCCCAAGUAUGGCAAGCGAGCCUUUGCCUCUGCUUUCCAACUCACCAUUUCUAAUUUGUCUGGUGUCAUUGUUCCAUUCCUGUACACAAGCAACUUCGGUCCUCGGUACAUUCAGGGAAAUGGAGCUGUUCUCGGAUGGGUCGGCACUGGAACUAUCAUCUACGGCAGUAUGUUCAUGUACUAUGUACGCAAGAACGCUGGCAGGCUUUCCGGCAAGGAAGAUCAUAAGAUCGAAGGCAAGACUGAGGAAGAGAUUGCCGAUAUGGGUGAUGAGUCUCCACGAUUCAUUUACGUCACGUAG